AUGAAGCUCCAUUCGCUGAGAACUGCAUUCUUUCUCACCGCCUCCAUAGGCGGUAUAUCUCGCCUGGCCUUGGCUGCGCCGGUGGUUUCGAUAUCGCAGGUCGCGAGAUCAGGAGACAUUGCGGGCAACAACAGCCUCGCGACCGUCGAUAUUGACCUGGAAGGCGAGACUGGGAUCACUACUCGUAAUGAGGAUGAUCUUGGACUUGGAGAAACUUACCAUGGCGUGGGCAUCGAGACGCGGAUGACGAUUCCGAGACCUCCAACACCACCCAAGCUGCCAGUCCCGCCGCCUCCUCCUGUGCCGAGACCCCUCCCACCCGUUGUUAUACCCAAACCGAAGCCUGCUGAUCCCGUCCCAGUCCCAGGAUCGCCGCGUCCGCCUCCACCACCACCGAAGGCCGACUGGAAACCCAUACCCGCCACCGAGAACCCGGGACAGGGCUACGGCAUGGGAAACGAUCCUAAACAAAUGGAUGAAUAUGCCAAGGCUGGAAAGACACAAGUAGACAGCUACGAAGCUACUGUACACAGCAACAAGCCGGAUGUCCUCACGGUUGGGUCAAAGGCAGAACUUCAAGGAAAGGGGCCGAAUGAGGCUUUUCUGGACAUCCGCAAGAACCCAGCUUACAAGAUUGAGGAAGUUAAGGUUCUUACCAGCGAGCUCAAGGAGCUGAAGAACUUCAAGUCAAGCGAGCUGGGCUUCGAGAUCAAGCAAGGGUUCGUCACGCAGGUGUCUGUGAGGAAUGGCAAGGAUCCCGAGCCGAUCAACCAGGGUAUCUACGAUCCCAACGGCAACUACAUCAUGUACCAGGUCGCGUUCAAGGACGGCAACAACGUGGCAGACAAGAUUCCCCUUAACGAGAUCGGCAUGCAGAACUUCCAGAAGGUGGCCGGAGACAACACCAAGAACUUCAAGGCUGCCUUCCCCAUGGAAUUACAGAACAAGGAAUUCUGGGGUAUCACGCGCCAGAACUACAACGACAUGAAGCAGCCCUUCAGCGAGGUUAUGACCUUCAACCGUGGCACCCCCCAGUUCGAACGCUACAUGGGCAGCCCCAAUAUCAACAGCAAGUUCUUCUCCUACGGUAACCACCACAAUGCAAUUGGCAACAAGAUUGUCGACAAGAUUGUUAUCAUCCCUAAGCAGGCUGAGAACUCGGGCGGCAAGUUCACUGCCGCUCUCAUCUUCAAGAAUGCCUAG